AUGUCUGACUCUGUCGCUGUUGCCGUCGUUGCUUCUCCGGUCGCCCCGGUCGUCGCCCAGGCUCCAAAGAAAGCUAAGGCCCCGAAGUCGCCAAAGGCCCCGAAGGCCCCGAAGGCUACCAAGAUCCCGAAAGCCAAGACUCCAACCAACCACCCGCCAUACAUCAACAUGAUCAAGGAUGCCAUCAAGUCCGUCAAGGAUCGCAAGGGAGCUUCCAAGCAAGCCAUCCUCAAGCACAUCUCCCAGAACUUCAAUCUUGGUGACAAUGUCAUCCAGGUAAGCACAACCCCUCACCCUUUAGCAGCUUAGAAUACCUUGUCUUCUCUAAUUGACUUAAUUCACCCUUCUCUUCAAAAACUAAUUGAUUAUUUUUCCAGAUCAACGCUCACCUCCGUCAAGCCCUCAAGCGUGGAGUCGCCGCCAAGGCUCUACUCCAAUCCGCCGGGACUGGAGCCAACGGACGCUUCCGCGUCCCAGAGAAGGUCGUUGAGAAGAAGCCAGUCGUCAAGAAGCCAGUCGCAAAGAAGACCACCGCUGUCAAGCCGAAGAAGACGACUGCCGCCAAGCCAGCCGCCAAGAAGACCACCGCUGCCAAGCCGAAGAAGGCGACCACCGCCAAGCCAGCUUCCGCCGUUGCCAAGAAAACCAAGAAGACCGCUUCGCCAAAGAAAGUCGCCAAGCCAGCAGCAAAGAAGGUCGCCAAGCCAGCCGCCAAGAAGGCAGCAGCUCCGAAGAAGGCCGCCGCCGCCAAGCCGAAAAAGGUUGCAGCCAAGCCAGCUGCCGCCAAGGCCUAA